AUGGAGCUUGGGCAGCUGCAAAGUAUUCAGGUCACUGAGGACAUAGAAGCUCAGCGAUGUGUUUACAAUGUGGUUCAUGAAAUCCUAACUCUAAAAAUAAAGCAAGAAGUGAGCAGUGACAGAGUAGACCACAAACUCCAAGCUUUAGAAGCACAGUUUAAAGAACUGGACUUCACCAAGGAUAGCCUGACACAGAAAUUUGAACAUCAUAGCAAGGCUUUGGCAAGCCAGGCAGCCCACGAUGAGCUGUGGACAGCAGUUCUGGCACUCAAAUUCACUUCAAUGGAACUGAAUAUUUUAUACAGUUACGUCAUGGAUGUACUCAUCUGCUUGCACACUCGUGUGCUUGAGAAGCUGCCAGACCUGGUGAGAGGUCUUCCCACCUUAGCCUCUGUCCUAAGACGCAAAGUCAAGAACCAGCGCAUUAGAGGAGUGUGGGAGUCUGUCCUGGAGGAAUGUGGGCUGGAAGAAGGAGAUGUCACAGCACUCUGUACCUUCUUUAUUGCAUAUGGUAACAAGGCAGAAUACUAUGUUGCUAAGGUGAGGCAGAUGUAUAUCAGAGACGUCACUUUCCUGAUCACUAACAUGGUGAAGAACGAGGCUUUGCAGGACGGUUUGCUCAGGGCUGUGCAGGUCAUUGAGAGGGGGAAAGCAGUGAGGGCCCCUGAGAAGCAAACGUCCCCCUUAAAAGAGCUAAUCCCAAUAGUCAAAAACUAACUUUACUCCAUGACCAAGGGA